AUGUCAUCCACGCUGUUGGAAGUGACGCGGUCCGCCCACGAGGAAGUGGAGCGGCUCGAGCGGCUAGUGGUGAAGGACCUCCAGCGGGAUCCGGCCUCCGGCCGGGAACGGCUGUUCCAGGGUCACCGCGUCCGCAACGUGAUCGAGACCAUCAUCUCCACCACCGAUAAGCUGGUAAGUUCUCCUCCGCCAAAGCCUGUCCGGAUGUUUCCAUUAAUUCCUCUUCGCGCCUGUUUCGUAUUUUUUGAUCGCGAUUAUUUCUGCUGCAGAUUGAGAUAUACGAGGACAAAGACAGUGCGAGAAAGGACGAAAUUGCUGCGUUAGGAGGGCAGACUGCAACUGGGGGCACCAACGUUUUCAGCGCAUUCUACGACAGACUGAAAGAGGUAACCCUAGAGACAUUAUACCGUCUUCUUUUCUCCCUCAUUCUAGAUUUAAGAAUAUUGGCGAACUCGUGGCAUCUAAGACUUUCGUGUAAGAAGUAGGCUUAGAUGGGGGGUUUGCUAAAAAUCCUUGUUGGCCGCUCACUGGAGGAGGGGGAAGUAAGGGAUUAGUUACAGUCGAGAAAAGUCAGCACAGUGAUAAGUCUGUGGAAUUAACCAUUGAGGUGCGCCGAAGAAUCGAAAGGAACCUAUCCAUCUCAUGACAGCUGAAAUAUAAAUAUUCUCGAAACGAUUGCGAGUAAGUGAACUUUCUCCGAGUUACGCAUGGAGUUUGCAGUCACGACGCUGCCAGGUCGAGCUAGUAUUAGGCAAUCAAUCCCGUUAUCAAUGGAAACAAAAUUGCUGUCCAUUCAUAGUACUUUUAUCAUCUCAUUAAAGUCAAGAAGCAGACAGUCAGAUAUGAAGCCAACUGUUUUGUAUUAGUUUAUGUCGAAGGGACAUCAUCUUAUGCACGGCGUAUGGGGUUUUUUGGGUGUAUUUUGGUACUCACGUACAUGUCGUGAGUGGCUGGAUUUCUGCAGUCUCUGGGAUUUGCUAGAGGAUGUCUUCUUGAAGAGAGAAAUAUGAUGUGCCAAGAGCUAAAAGGCAGUCUGUUAUAAACGUAAGCAGUCUUUGUUGAUGGAGGUGCGGAAGCUGUUCAACUAUUUGCUUGCUAGAUAUCAGCUGUUUGCAAGGCAGCGCUGCCGAGUACAGUCUGCAAUUCAUGUAAAAUAGAGCAUAUAACCCUAUUGUGCUCAUUCUACUGUGAUAUUAUGUACGAAAAAUCUUCUUCAAGGUUAGAGCGUCUUUGUCAAAGUGAUCGAUUCUCAUGUUUUUAGACUUUUAGCAUCGUUAUCUUGAAAUUUAUCUUAAAUAAAUGACAAAUUUAAAUGUACAAUCGAUUAAUCUAAUUUAAACUGUUUUUUAAAUAUGAAAAAUGUGUUAUUUAUUGUUAAAUGCUCACGCUCCGUCUGAUUUUUUUUUGAUUGCUACAAAUCGGUAUCAUAAUUAGUUGGGUUUCAAAAUUAAUCACAUUGAAUUAUUGUUUAACUUUUUUUUAUGGUCAGGGUCAAGAAAAGUUUUUAGAAAGAUCCCCAGCCACGAUGAGUUUUCAUGACAUAUUUGUAAACAUUUACUCAUGGAAUAUCGUUUUUCUAUUUUUUAUUUUUUUUUGGAAGUUCUUGAAUGAAUUAGGACUCAAAUUGUUGAUCCACGUUUCCAAAUCAAUAGAAAUUACAUUUACUUGUAUAUCUCAAACAUGUAUAUGUUCGUAAUUUGUAACAAACACAAAUAACCUCUGUAUGAUGUUUUAAUGCUUAGAGUGCGGUUGAAACUGCCUAUCAUGCCAUCAGUUUAUAUAAUGGCAUCUUUAGCAUUUUUUUGAAAAACGUGAACGAUUUUUAAUACUCUUAACCCGUGAUUUACUUCAAUAUACGACUUUUCAUCUUGCAAAACGUGCGUAGAAUACACUAAAUUUUGAUUCACCAAUCUUAAUUCAUUAUUUGGUAGGUUGGAGAGGUUUUUGAAUGAUUUUGUAUUAAGCCGAAACAAACUGGUUUGGUCGCAUUGCUGUAAGUUUCUGGUAAACCAGUUGCCUUUUGGUUGGUCUGACAUGGGAUGGCCAGCUUAGUUGCUUUCCAUGCAGAACAUGAAGUUUGAGCGCAAGGACUCAGUCUGACUUGAACGAGUCUACUUAAGUUUUCACAGAAUUGGCUAACCAUGGUAUCCGAGUUUCUAAGUGACGGGAGUUUUGGACGGGAGGGAGGGGCCUUAUCCUAAUACCCCUUUGCAUGGUUGGAUACAUCGACACAUUGGAUAACAAGGGCGAGAUUAUAAAGCCUGCUGGUUCUGGAUCAUUUCUGGUACAACAAUACAGCUUAUUGAAACCUGGAGAUAGUGCUACUUUUGGCUUCUUGUUGACCUUUCAUUCUCUUUCUGGCUAUGGGUUCCAAUAUUUAUAUUUUAUGACCUUUUCUAUUCAAACUUUUUCUUUUAAAUUUCUUGAUCGUGUCUUUCUUAGCUUGUGCUAUAGGUGACCGAAUUUGAAACAUCAUUAUACUGAAAUUAAAUGUAUGCCAAGAGUAAAUGAAUACAAAACACGACACUUCUCAUUUGGAUUUGACUUUGCCAAAUUUCCAUGGAAUGCUUUGGUUUCGAAUAAUUUUCAGCUGUCUUCUGUUGUGUAGAUACGUGAGUACCAUAGACGUCAUCCAGUGGGGCUUGUUGCUGAUGCAGCUGCAGAGUACGAGGAAUUACUUAAAGAAGAACCAGUUAUUGAGUUUAGUGGUGAGGUAGAUUUCUUCACUAUAAGUUUCUCUGUGAUGUCAUUUUGUUAGUUUUCUCUGCUUAUCUUAUCAAGGCCAAUGAAGUUAAGCUUCACCAGAUGAUACUGUCACUGUUUUUUUUUCAUGUUGAGUUAUAACCUCAAUAUUUUUCUUUCCAAAAAACAUUUAGAGAAUGUUGGCAUUUCUUAUUGAACUUUUUCAAUGCGAUCAAAACCCCGUGUCAUUACUGUAAUAAAAAAAAAGAUCAUCAUAUUUGCCUCCAAAAUGUAGAAAAGAAAACUCUAAAUCAUCAAAAACUCACUGAUCCCACAUUUUGGUAGAUAGCUGAUCAUGCAGUAAAAGAAAAAGGGGCCCUCCAACAACGAGGUUAAGAGACGGUACCAUCUUCAGAUGUUCUAUCCCAGUAUAACUCUGUUAUAUUUCCAGUCACAGUAGUUCAUGAGCAGUUUUCCAGAAGCAUAGUAAGCCUACUGAUGAGCACAAAUAAUAUUUUAAAAUUUUCCUGGUUAUUCUGUAAUUCCUCAUGUUCAAGAUUGGUUAUUAUGUGUCUGGGAUAACACCUCCACUAGUGUUUCGUUUUCAAGAGCUAUAUAUUUCACCCCUUUGCAAUAUGGACAUGUAUUUUCUGAAAUUCUGCAUUGGACAUCUUCUACUUAAAAAAGAGAUAACCGUAUUACCUUAAGUGAUCCACUAUUUGUCGGUCUGAUGGGAAUUUGACGAAACUACUAGAAAAAGGUUCCAAUGGAUAGAAUUCUACGAGGAAACAGAAGAAAGCUGAAUGUUAUUGAGACAUGGUCGGGGGCUUAUUUUGCUUGUUUCUGUGUGUGUGUGUGUGUGUAUACAUAUGCUGGAAGGUUAAAUCUCACAUGAGGUCAGUGACAGACUUGCAUUGGUCUUAUCUCAGUCUAAACGUGAGAACAAAGUUUGAGGUAUAAUAAAGGCCUCUGGACGUUUCGAUAAUAUGGGACCAGUUUAGAGGAUAAAUUUGGAGGUGCAACCGUUGUCCUCUGCUGGAUAUGCCUGAGGGUGUUAUACAAUUUUGAACCAGUACAAAGAAGAAGGCCAUAUCAGGAGGAAAUUGCCAAAGAAGGGGACUUUAUUUUUUAGAAGUUUUGAUGUAGUACACUUGUCGUUCUCUGUGUAAUCAUAUAAGUUUGACCUUCAGAAACAUACUGAAGUAAGAAAUUCCAUAUAACUUUGACGAGAUUGAUGAUUUUUGUGGUUUGUGUUUAGGUUGACAGGCUGAUGUACUGUGCUGAGGCUUUUAGGUUAUUUAGAAGAUUUAAAAUUUGUGACUAAAAAAUGAUGCAUUGAUUUUGAUUUAGAUUGAUUCAUUUAAAUCUCUUCUUUGGUUUGGAUAAUAGGAAUGGAUAGUUCUGUAGAUUGACAUUGAUGAAGUUAAAUAUUUCAGUUUUGGGAACAAAUAUAAUUUUUUCCCUUCAAACAUUCCUGCCACAGAUUUUAGAGAAACAUUGUUACCUGACAGAUAAUUAUACAAAUUUCAAACAUUGGGAGAGGUGAUGUCACCAAGUGGGUAUCUCUGGUUUAACUUUAUGAAACUGAAUGCUGUUCUUACAUAUGAAAAUAACUAUAUACGCUAUGCUAAGGAAAUAACAAAGAUCAUGGUGCAUGACUUUUAAUCAGAAGAAACUUUAUUGAUAAUUAAAGGGUGACAUUUAGAGCAUCAACAAUUGAUGCAGCAGAUUGUCGUUAACGGAAAAAGAGACAUACAAUUUGGAGAUUUGAAGUUCAGUGUUAAUACCUCUGUUAGAAUAUGUGGGGGUGGUGGCGGUGGCAGCAUUGAAUAUUUCGUGCUUUCGAUAAGGUUCAGAUUUUGAAGCCUAUAAUCCAAUAAAAUUAUUUUUUUUGUUGCUCUGUGAAGGAUAACCACUGAUCUCCUUUUUCCACACUGUGAUUCUAUUAGUUUGAGGAAAAUUUACAGAUGUUUAUGAUUUGCUGAGGCAAUGGUCUCUUCCCAUUUUAUUUGAAUAGUUGAAAAUGCUUUCCACAGCUUUGCUUUGGGGACUUCAGGUUGGAUAGAAACAGUGGAAUACCUCUGGAGGUUACAGAUCUAAACGACAUCAGACUAGUGAUUAAUUAGUCUAGAGGAACGAAAGCGGUGUUUGAUCUUCUACUGAAGAGAAUGAAAGAAAUGUGAAUUGUUUUCUUAUCUUUCCGUCUUAUUUAUCACAUUCCUGGAUGAUUAAGGUUACUGUUUCUGGGAUGUGGUAAAUAUUUUACUCUUAUUGACGUCAUGGUAGUAAUUCUGUGGGAAAAGGAUCUUUUAUUCGCGUUUGGUCAUCCAUUGCUUGUUUUUUUAGCUUGUGCUAUCACAGACGUGAUUAUCAGUAUUGUUGCAACUUUUAAUACGAAUUCCGUGUGUAUUCUGUAAUCUGACUUUUAUUCAACUUGGGAUAUUUCUCAGGAGGCUUUUGGUCGAUAUCUGGACAUGCAUGAACUAUACAAUGAGUUUAUCAACUCAAAGUUUGGUGAACGAAUUGAAUAUUCUGCUUUCUUGGAGACAUUUUCUCAGACGCACAACAUUCCUCUGAAAUUGAAGCUGACAAGGUAUAUGCUCCUUUAAGAAAAAAAGAUUGGAUUUCUUGUGCCAAAUUUGCUGAAGUUUGGCUGAACCACAUGUAUCUUAAAUGAGCAGAAGUGAAAUGUUUUUGGUGAUCAUUCAGUGUGUUUUUUGUUUUAUUUGCAGGUCACUGUUUUUUUUGUCGUGUUUGACUGCUUCUUGUUAACAUAUUUUAUCAUACUAUUUUUUUCUUGAAUUUUCGCAGGCAAUACAGAGAAUAUUUGGAACAUCUGUUGGAAUAUCUGAUAUCCUUUUUUCAACGGACAGAGCCAUUGCAGGACCUUGAUCGAAUAUAUAUAAAGGUUCAAUUUAUAUUCUUUUUCUUUUGUUUCUCCUUGAAGCUCUCUUUUGAAGGUGAUUAGCAUAUAAGUUAUUAUAUUUACUGAUUGUCAUUAUCGAUUUCUAUGAUAUUGAAUUUAUUUACAUAUUUUUCUUUCGUCUUGUCUGGCCUGUUAGGCUUGCAAAAUCACCCAUACAGGAGUAUGAUGGUUUUUAAAUGUCUUUAUUUUUAUUGGCUGAUGAUUUUGGUGUGAAUAUUGCUAUUGGUUUUUAGUACUUUCAACGCUUUUUUUCUUUCUCUUGUUCCCACGCGGGCCAUGGGGAGAUACUGAUUGGCUUGUGGCAGGUUGAGGCGGAGUUUGAAGAGCAAUGGGAAGAUGGUAAGAUAAUUGGAUGGGAAAACAAGGGCCUUGAAAAUGGGCAUACUUCGUCUGGGGAGUUUGCAUUGGAUCUCGACUAUUAUAGUACUGUGGAAGAACUAAUGGAAGUGGGUCCUGAAAAGUUGAAAGAGGUUUGUAUCUCUUUUUAUCUUCUAGCAGAUCUGUGCUGUGCCGCAUUUUCAUUAUAUUUUAUGGAUUUCUCAGUGCUCUUUUCUGAAGCAACCUCACUUUGCUAAUGAUAAUUCCUCCACCUGUAUUCAAUCUUUUAUGUCAUUGCUGACUUCAGCUGUCUCGUCAAUGCGUUCAUGAUGGCUCUUAUCAAUAGUAUACGAGAUGCUUCAUCCUCUUUCAUUUGUCCAAUCUUAUCAUUAUUAUUUUUUGAAAGUGGAUUGUAAGAGGCGUGCAUUCAAUAUUCAAAAAAGAAAAUGUGAUGAGCAAGUAUUUGCAUGAAUAUCUUCAGUAUUUUGCACGAAAGAUCUCAAGGACCGUGAUAUUUACAACGUUUGUAAAAUUACAAGAGUUAUCUUAGCUCAUUGUGUUGAUUUUUCGAUUUCAUUAUUUGCAUUUUUUAUUUUUUGCUUUACCGUGGCUUAUCUUCGUGAUCUUUUGGUCCAGUGUCUCUUCCCAUGAUUUGAUAUUCUCGUUCAGUUCUUGUCUCGUUCUAUCCAUUCUAACAGUGUCGGCAACAAAAAAAAUACGCAAAGGAGAUCUUUGGUUAAAUAAUCAAUGAUGUGACGAGUGGAUAGUCCCCUAGGGAUGACAAUGAUAGAGAACAAUUGAAAAAAAAAUUCAAUAAGUUUUCCCACCUAUCAUCAGACCAUUCUACAUGUCAUAUACGGUAUGCAUUCUUGUCUGGCCUGUUGCUUAAAUUGCCAACCCAUUCUUAGGUCAACAAAAUUCAUUCUUCUGGGAGCUGGGGAAGAAGAGAAAAGCUGUGAAGUGAAUCCCUAUCGGGAAUGAUGAAUACCAUUCCCACUCCCCCAUUUAUCUCCUCCCUUGUCAGCCAUUCCCACCUUCUAAAUUUUAGUUACCCAUGGAUUAAAUGGCCCCAUCAAAUGGUUAAGAUAAAGAAGAAGAUGACAUUGGAAGAGUUAGGGAGUAUCGAAUGCUCGCCUCCAUUUGCGAACAACUUAUCACUUUGGUUGUGAAUGAUUAAUUUUUCAAAUAUAGAUCGUAAAACCAACCUUUCUUUUAUCAUAAUCUAACAAUUUGAUGCCUGUAAAUUGUUAAAUAAUUCUCGGAUCUGACCUUGAUUACAUUCCUUCACUGCCAUUCCACCAUAUGAGGGACUGUCUGCAGUAGGAGGUUUAUCAAGGUUUGGAAAGGAAUUUGGCUGUUAUUUACUAUGCUUAGUAAUGCCUCUUCGUCAGCUGAUGAAACGUUCAAAUUCUUGAACUUGUUGAUGACAUGGUCUGUUUGUUUGUCAGUUAUCAUAAGAGCAUUAUCACAUUUUGCAUUUCUGUUUUUAACCUUCCACUGCUCUGAAUCCCUGAAGUUUUUCAUACUUUUUUGCAAGAUUGUCAAUGAGUUGCCACUCUGCUUUUUGCUAGUUAAAUGCAUUGUUUUAAUCUUUCCAUUGCUCUGGACUGUCUUUAUCCUCCCGGAAAGUGUGGUUGAUUGAAUAUCUUCUGGAAUUUCAUCCAUUCCUUUGUGUACUGGGACCAUAUCAUCAUGUUUCUUGCUAUGAACCUGAAUUGUCAUUCUAUGUGCGGAACAUGUGGAAAAUGCAUCUUGCGAUCAUCUUUUACAGUAGAAUCGGUGAAUACGCUAAAAGUUAGUUGGUUUUCAUCAGGCUUUAGCAGCUCGGGGACUUAAAACAGGUGGUACUGUUGCUCAGCGUGCUGAGAGGCUUUUCCUGACAAAGGUACAUAAGUUUUCUCUUACUGCCUAGGAUUGUUCGCCACCCCCCUUGUUCUUCCCCCUUCCAUACAGCCGGGUCCCUUCUCCCUUCUCCCAUUGUAUAGUGCCACAUAUUUUAUCAAUAAAAAAUUUAACUGGGAAAUGCAUGUUUAAUGUUACCAUGACCUUCGAGGUUUUUUAGAAUGUAACCCACAUAAUCUAUCUGAGGUUCUCGGUAGAUUUUUAUCAAAUAAUCGCUAUUGAAUUUAACCACUGCGUCUGUAUACUUAACAUACUGGAGGCAUGCUGGCUCGAGGUCUGUGUUGUCUCGGCUUAACUGUUGCCGUGAGUGAGGACAUGAAAGGUCUCCUUUUUUAUUUUCUUUUCCUCGUUUCAAUAAAACUAACCUAUCAUAUUUAAAUCAGCUGCAUCAUUCUUCUUCAUUACUAAACUUUUCAAAUGUCAAUAGCCUACUUGAGACUCACCUUUAAAAUUUCAUUUCAUCAUUUUCGUAAAUUAAAAAUAAAGAUGGGGAAAAUUUAAUUGAUCCCUGGAAGGCAUUUUCGAAUUGCGUGAUUCUUCCCAGUUUCAUCAUUUUCAAUUGUCUUCUUUGGUAUCUUUUUUGUGGUUGUAUUUUUAAAAUUUCUCUGGAGAUGUUUGCAGUCCCUGUCGGUAUCAAACGUUGUUGUCUUUUGUUUGCUCUCGGUUUUGUCUUUGACGUAUGUUAUCCAUUUUUUCAUGCUCUUAGAUUGAUUGUAUUGCUUUUUUCUGUACAGCAUACACCUUUGGAAAAACUAGAUAGAAAACAUUUUGCUAAGGGAUACCGUGGUCUGGAAGAGAAUGUUGCUGGUGCAAUCUUGCAGCAGAAUGGUACUAUGAAGGAAAUUGCUCUUUUGGAGGGCAAAAUGCAGAAGAUGUGUGAAUUACUAAAUGAGGUCCCUAUCCCAUCAUAUAAUGUGGAUUUCUUUAUAACAUUAUUGUAUUUCAGUUAUCAUUAUCAUUUCUGUGGUAUCUGACGAGUCUUAUUUUUUCUUUUAUUUUGAGUGUAUAAAGGUCAUUCUGCAAACAAAAGAAAAUGUUGAAAAGAAACAGGCAUUGACAUACGAAGAGAUGGAAGCUGAGCGUGAAGAGGUAAUGUUUUAUGGUUUCAGUUGUUUCGUUUGAAAGCCCCGAAACCUGACAAAACAAGGCAAAAAAUUAUGUUUAUGCGCUUCUUUAGCAAGGAGACAUUACAUCCUGUACGUAGCCAACUUUACAUUACGAUAGCCAUCCAAAGUAGCAAUCAUUCUACAUCAAUGAACACGAAUGUUUUAAACUAUGGCUGCUAUGUGCUGUAUGUUUUGACAUUGAGGCUUCGAGUGUAGUGCUGUUCCUUUGAACGAUUUUUUUUUUCCAAUUUGACAAUGCAAGCCAACGUGCUUCUCAUUCACGAUCGUAAAUAUUUCAUUGGAGACUGUGCAUUGGCAGUGGGCAAAAUCAUGAGCCGUCCCCAGAAAACAUGACUGUAUCUUUCGACAUUUCGAAUCCUGAAUGGAAAGGGGAUAGGAUUGAAUUGUCAGUUGUUUCUCGGUAUGUAUGUUAUUUCAGGAAUUCUCGGUAUGUAUGCUUCUCGGUAUGUAUGUCAAUUGUCAGUCGUAUCACCGGGUCAGGGAAUCGUAUGUCACGACCAAUUUGCUUUAAAAAAAAAAAAAAAAAAAAACCAAAGUUGGCGAAAUAGACGUUGACUAUUAUCUUAUCAUUAAUACGAAUGAUAUUUAAUAUUUCUUUUGCUGCUAAUAAAUGUUGUCGUGGAGCUGGUUUGAUGGGUUACUAUUGUUUUUGAGCAGGAGGAGAUACAAGCUGACAGUGAAAGUGACGAAGAUGAUCAACAGAUAUAUAAUCCUCUCAAGUUGCCAAUGGGUUGGGAUGGGAAACCAAUUCCCUAUUGGUUGUAUAAACUUCAUGGGCUUGGACAGGUAUUAUUACUUUUUAGUUUAUGGCUUAUUAAUUUUCUAUGUACAUUACUGCAAGUUCUCUUUCGCUUCUUCUAUUUUGUUUGUGGCCUAUGUGCUACCAUGAAAUCUACCAUUGACUUUUAGGUUGGAUCGCCUUGACCAGAAAUUCGAUUUAAACCUUGCACUCUCCUUCACCUUUGUUCAGUAUUAUGAAUUAAUACUAUUCAUGUUGUCCCCUAGAUCUAUCCUCUAUAUUUCCAAGGGUCAUGCAAAUGAAAAAAAUCAACAUACACAUCCCAACAUAGUCUUUAGGAGCAAUUCAUCGCUGUAUUUACCUCAAUAAAUUGUAUGUUUCUCUAGUCAUUCCUUCUAAGGAUGCCAUGGGAUUAGUAGCCUGUUUUCGCAUGCCACAUCAAUAAUCUAGAUAUUAUCCCCCAAGAGGAAAAUUAAAGUAUUAUAUAUGGGUGUGUUAGCUAAUCUCCUCUUCAUAUAUGCACCCUCAAUAUCUUAGAGGAUCAUUUUGGGUUGCUUCUCGGCCCCAUGAUCUUGAGACUUCUCCACCAAUCAUGUAGUUUCCGUUGUUGUCGAGUGGCCCAAAGUGUGCCUAAACUCAUGUCGUCACAGAAUUCAACACCAAUCGUAAAGAGUCGGAACCAGUGAAACUGCCCAUCGGAAACCUGAGAUUUCUCUCUGGAUUCCUCAACUGUUCAAGACAGUCUCAAAUCGGCAAGAUGUUGGUUUUGGCGGCGGCAAUGGCUUGUCCUCUAGUCUAAGCUUUACAAUGAGCACAUCCUCGUCGUCUGUGUGUGUGCAGGAAUUCAAGUGUGAAAUAUGCGGAAACUAUAGCUACUGGGGGCGCAGGGCUUUCGAGCGGCAUUUCAAGGAAUGGCGCCACCAGCAUGGCAUGCGCUGCCUCAACAUCCCCAACACCAAGAACUUCAACGAAAUCACAUCCAUUGAGGUAACCCGCUUCUUCCAUUUCCGAUCACCCGAACCAAAGACCGUAUUUUGUUUACAUCUCGCAACCGAUAUGAGUUGACCCAGAUGUUGUGGACAUCUGCCCUGGUGGCUUCCCGUUGACAUAUACUUUUACUUCCUCGAUCCCGCUCUACGCUGGAAAUCCGAUGGUCAACGAUCCCCGGAAUGCCAUGCCAUCUUCGCCGAACGAGGUGUUUAAUCUGGGGAUGUAAUCAAUAGUUUGACUGUUUGUGCAGGAAGCGAAGGCUCUAUGGGAAAGAAUACAAGAACGCUCGGGAUUAAAUAAAUGGAGGCCGGAUCUCGAGGAGGAGUACGAGGACAGAGAGGGCAACAUCUACAACAAGAAAACGUACACCGACCUCCAACGCCAGGGCCUCAUAUAA